CUGCCCCCCAUCCCGGCAGUUUGGGCUCCACGUUACAGCCCUAGUUCUGGUACCUGCAUUUGAUGCCUUGUUGAUCUUCAGUGCCAGGAAGAUAGGCAGCCGCGGGGCCCUCCUCACCCGUCCGCGGUCAGAGGCUGUGUUAGGGAAUGGUUGGGGUGCUCUUAAGGAAAACCCGGCGGUAGCCUGCCCUGCAUUCCUCUUGGCCACAAGGACGAAUCACCAGGAUUUUCAGCUGAAAAACUUAAGAAUAGUUGACCCUACCGAGGUGACACACUCAGGAGACGCAGGUGCAGAAACAGACAGCAGAAUGGCUCCAAAGGUGACUUCGGAGCUGCUUCGGCAGCUGAGACAAGCCAUGAGGAACACCGAGUACGUGACUGAACCGAUCCAGGCCUAUAUCAUCCCGUCGGGAGAUGCCCACCAGAGUGAAUAUAUUGCUCCAUGUGACUGUCGGAGAGCCUUUGUCUCUGGAUUCGACGGCUCUGCAGGUACAGCAAUCAUCACAGAAGAGCAUGCGGCCAUGUGGACUGAUGGGCGCUACUUUCUUCAGGCUGCCAAGCAGAUGGACAGCAACUGGACACUCAUGAAGAUGGGGCUGAAGGACACACCAACCCAGGAAGACUGGCUGGUGAGUGUGCUUCCUGAAGGAUCCAAGGUGGGUGUGGACCCGCUGAUCAUCCCUACAGAUUACUGGAAGAAGAUGGCCAAAGUCCUGAGAAGUGCUGGCCACCACCUCAUUCCUGUGAAGGAGAACCUUGUUGACAAAAUCUGGACAGAUCGUCCAGAGCGCCCGUGCAAGCCUCUCCUCACGCUGGGCCUGGAUUACACAGGCAUCUCCUGGAAGGAGAAGGUGGCAGACAUUCGGCUGAAGAUGGCUGAGAGGAACAUUGUAUGGUUUGUGGUCACUGCCCUGGAUGAGAUUGCAUGGCUGUUCAAUCUUCGAGGGUCAGAUGUGGAGCACAACCCAGUAUUUUUCUCAUAUGCAGUGAUAGGACUAGAAACGAUCAUGCUCUUCAUUGAUGGAGACCGUAUAGAUGCUCCCAGUGUGAAAGAACACCUGCUUCUUGACUUGGGCUUGGAGGCUGAAUACAGAAUCCAGGUGCUUCCUUACAAGUCCAUCCUGUGUGAGCUCAAGACCUUGUGUGCCUGUCUCUCCCCACGGGAGAAGGUGUGGGUCAGCGACAAGGCCAGCUUUGCUGUGAGCGAGGCCAUCCCCAAGGAUCAUCGCUGCUGUAUGCCUUACACCCCCAUCUGCAUUGCCAAAGCUGUGAAGAAUUCAGCCGAGUCAGAAGGCAUGAGGCGGGCUCACAUUAAAGAUGCUGUUGCCCUCUGUGAACUCUUCAACUGGUUGGAGAAAGAGGUUCCCAAAGGUGGUGUGACAGAGAUUUCAGCUGCUGACAAAGCAGAAGAAUAUCGCAGGCAGCAGGCUGACUUUGUGGAUUUGAGCUUCCCAACUAUUUCCAGUACGGGACCCAACGGCGCCAUCAUUCACUACGCGCCAGUCCCUGAGACGAAUAGGACCCUGUCCCUGGAUGAAGUGUACCUCAUUGACUCGGGUGCUCAGUACAAGGAUGGAACCACGGAUGUGACUCGAACCAUGCAUUUUGGAACCCCCACGGCCUAUGAGAAGGAAUGCUUCACAUAUGUCCUCAAGGGCCACAUAGCCGUGAGCGCAGCCAUUUUCCCGACAGGUACCAAAGGCCACCUUCUGGACUCCUUUGCCCGUUCAGCUUUGUGGGAUUCUGGCCUGGAUUACCUGCACGGAACAGGACAUGGUGUUGGGUCUUUUCUGAAUGUCCAUGAGGGUCCUUGUGGCAUUAGUUAUAAAACCUUCUCUGAUGAGCCCUUGGAGGCAGGCAUGAUUGUCACUGAUGAGCCAGGGUAUUAUGAAGACGGGACAUUUGGUAUCCGCAUUGAGAAUGUUGUCUUGGUGGUCCCCGUGAAGACCAAGUAUAAUUUCAGUAACCGAGGAAGCCUGACCUUUGAACCUCUAACUUUGGUUCCAAUUCAAACCAAAAUGAUAGAUGUGGAUUCUCUUACAGACAAAGAGCUUGACUGGCUCAACAAUUACCACAUGACUUGCAGGGAUGUGAUCGGGAAGGAGCUGCAGAAACAGGGCCGCCAGGAAGCUCUCGAGUGGCUCAUCAGAGAGACGCAGCCCAUCUCCAAGCAGCAUUAAUACCUCCCUAGUUUUGUUUUUAUACAAUGCUCAGGGGAAAAGAAGAAAUAUGGCAGACUCCUGCCAUCUUUCCCUUUCCUCCUCUUUUCCCUAACUCCCUUUUUACUUUUAGACUCUUAAGAAGAACUGAAAAUCUUCUUAUUCUCUUUGAUAUUUUCUUGUAAACACUCAGUCUUUUAUGAUUUUUUAAUUGUUGAGAAUGAGCCAGGAAUAAAAUUACUACAUCAGAAAGGGGGUCCCCACAUAGCUGAAGACUCCAUGAGGGGCCCAAGCUCUUUGGCCAGUGGCAGUGAACCGACAAGUGCUCCGUGCGGUCUUGUUCCAGGUGCUAGCACAUCGUUCACAGUCGCGUGAUGUCUGCAAGGCUGUAUUUAUGAUCAGUGAAUAAAAACGUCAGAACUCUGCGCUGUCUCAGCUGUGUCUUCCCUCGAGACACUGGGUUGCCAGUCAGUAUUGGGAAUUGAAUGCAGGCCCUUGGACAUGUUCG